AUGGAAAGACAAAAGGAACGUAGCGGAGCUUCAAAGCGGAAACAACGUCAGGAAAGAGAAGCAUUUUCUUCAGCAGCCGAAAUAUCGGCCAAAAGUGACAAGUGUUUAUUUACUGAUAGCGUGGACACGGCUGUGUCAGUAAAUGAAAUGACUCUAGAAGAUCAGGAAUAUCACGAUUCAACAAUUCUCAUCAAUGCCACCGCCGAAAAUGACUAUGUCGACGUUUCCGUGCAACCAACAGUAGAGGAAUCAUCCAUUUCUACAUCUUCGGAAGUUCUUGAAAUUUCAACUGACUUGGGAAAGUUCAUAAACAAGAAAUUGAACGACACCGAAAAACGGCUGAUUCUUGACAAGGGACCAUUGAAACCUUCGGGACCUUUUCCGAAGGAGCCCCACCAAGACCACAGGAGCUUUUCAGAAACGUAUUACGUUUCUACGUCAAAAUAUGGUCCAGUUGAUCGUUUUUGGAUAUGCUACUCAAAAAUGCUGGAUGCUGCCUACUGCCAACCCUGCUGGUUGUUUGCUUCGCAAAAGAAUGUAUGGUGCACGGGCAUUCGCGACUGGAGGCAUUUAUCAGAUAGAGUUAAGCAACAUGGUUCCUCGAAAGCACACACGAAGGCGUGUGCUGUAUAUAAAGCGUGGCAAAAAAGUUCUACCAUUGACAAAGAACUUGAAGAUAAAAUUCGCAAAGAAGCAUUAUUUUGGAGAAAAGUUCUUCGUAGAUUAUUCGACAUCAUAAUUACUCUUGUUCUUUGGCUUUGA